CCAAAACCGCCUUGGCAUUUAAAUUUCAAUGGAGCGUUUUCUCUAAAUAAAGAAAACCUGUUAUAAGUAGUUUGGCGUCACUGUGAAUGGAAGUGGUUCUCCUCCUAAUUUUACUUAAAAUGUUGCUUCAUUAGAUCAAAUCGUCCUUGAAAGACAGUGUAUCUGUGUGAAAACAAUCGUCUCACGAGUGAAGGAGGCAUAUUUUAAUUUCUUGGUGAAGUUUAAAGUAAAAGGAGUGUACUUGUGGCAGGUUAACCAAUAAAGAUGGCGACUGCAAGUGGAGGAUCCCCUUGUGUAGAUUCAGAUAUAGAAGUACCGGAAUAUGAAAACGUGGAAAAGGAAGAAUCCAACAAAAAACAGCCUUUUUCAAAGUGUGAUGAUGCACCAACAGCUGAAAAGUCCUGGUAUUGUGAUAAAGAAGUUUCAAAACAAGAGGAUGCAUUAGAAAAUGUAUUUGACGAAGUAAAGGAGCUCCUAGACAUGGAAGAAUUUGCAGAAGAUCUGAGACAUAAAGUAUUUGAAAUAUAUCCAGAUUUCAAAACAGUAUUGGACAAAAGACUCCUAGAUCUGAAGCGAAGGGAUUGCGGAAUUGUUGUAGCUGGCGACACCAGUUGUGGAAAAUCAACAUUAGUGAAUUUGAUGCUUGGAGACACAGUUUCUCCUUCCGAUCUUUUCCAAACUACAUCAAAGAUAAUUAAAAUGAGAGGAUCAGAUAGGCUAGGGAUUCAAGUUUUUGAUGAAUCAUUAGAUAUGGUGGCAAAACACACAUCAUUAAAGUCAGUAGAACACUUAAGAAAACUAAUGAUAACAUUGAGCUCUGAGUGUUAUUCAAGUGACUCAGACAGCGAAGAUGUUGACAGAAAUUCAGCUUAUGAAAUAAAAGAUGAAAACUGGGAUGUUGAAAAAGCAUGUCUGGGUAGAGAAAUUGAAAUAUUCUUUCCAUCUUCGUUGCUUAAGGGAAAUAUCAUGCUUGUUGACACACCUGGAUGUGGAAAUUCUAUACACGGCAACUUUAAAUCAUUACUCUUUGAGUAUUUACCAAAUGCGGUUUCCUUUAUUUUCGUUCUUGAUGUCAACAGAGCAGGUGGACUGGAAAAUGAUAGGAUGGUUGAACUAUUCGCAUAUUUACAAAACAACGAAGACAUGCUCAGUUUUGAAGCAAGAGAUGCCAUUUUUGUCUUGAACAAAAUUGAUAGUAUUAGACCUCAAACGGAAAAAUACAUUGAAAAGUGCACGAGAAAAAUAAAGGAAAAUAUAACAACCAUAUGGCCAGAUGUUCAAUUGGACCAUAUUUUUUGCAUGUCGACUGGAGAGAUAAAAGUUGGAGGUGAAAAAUACCCCGAAGAAUAUAGAAAAUUCGAAAAAGUACUGCAGGAAAUUAUUCAAAGAAACGAAAACAAGAGAAUGAAGAUACACUUAAGUUUUCUGGCACAAUUGGUUAAAUCUAUCCAGCUAAUCAUUGAACCUCGAUAUCAGCAAAGUGAAACCAGUGUAGAGGAGAAAAGAGUGUUUGUACAAGGGGAGAUGAAGAAACAUGAAAGAUUGAUCAAACUCUGCAAAGAGAAACAAGACUUGUACCUAAGCAAAAUCUACAUACACAUAUCGCAUUUAAGCAAAACAACAUUUGAGUACAUGCAAACAGAAGGAUUUAUGCACAGAAUAUUAAACGAAGGUGGACAACAACUCAUGACCUGUAACAGAUUACAAGUACGAAAAAAAAUCGCUGAAAUAGUGGAGGUACUAUCAAGAGAAAUUAUAGCCCGAGAAGUUAAAAAAAUCAACAAUAGUGAACUUAACAAUAGCAUGCUUAAAGAUUUCAAGGAAAUUCAUGAACUAAUGCACGGCUUGCAAGACAGAGUAACUGGUCUGGAUGAUGCAGACAACAUAAACAGAAGAAUGCCUUUUGCAUUAAAGUGUGCUUUCUACACCAUUGGACUAACUCUUGGAGCGUAUGCCAUCUAUGAGAACCCAUUACGUCUACCAUUUGUGGUCUCGGCUGUUGCUACAUUUAUAAGUUGCAAUAGUUACAUCGUGGUUAAUGCUGCAAAAUCAAUUAACAUUCCAUUUGAGAGGUUCAUACAAUCAAGUAUUGAAGAUAUGCUUGCAGGUUUUGACAUUGAUACAGUUCGUGCAAUGCUAGAAGAAACCAUUGGGGACCAGCUCCGAAAACUGAAUAGAAGAAUUUUUCAAGAGAUUCUUCCAGGAGAAAUAAAAAAGAUGAAAAUUGCCAUUGAAGGACUUGAACUUGAGCAGAACGAUUUGCUUAAAAGGCACGGAGAUCUAAAUAAACUGAAGAGAAAACUAACCCAAAUAGUAGACCACACAAAUGACUGUUACAGUCUAAUAUAUAAAGAUUAGAUAAUGUAAUAUCCUCUCAUACAGACAGUUUAUAUUUCAUUGAUAUAAUUCUGUUAAAAAGAUGCACUGCUGUGUAAUGUGUCUUUUUGUGAUUACUACUCACGUUGAUUUUUUUAUCAAUACUAAAUACAUCAUAAAUCAAGAAUAACAGCAGUCCCGUUUGAAGUAAUUUUAUUUGUAAGUUCUAUUGUCAAUACAAUAAUUUUGUCAGUAAUUACAAUUUAUCAAUGAGUCGUUUUUCAUAAAAACUGUUUCUCAAUUAUAUAUACUUUGAAUUGACCAGGCACAUAUCAUCAGGGCUGCCCCUCUCCCCCACACUUUUUGCCAAGCAAAACAUUUUACUUUUAAAUUGUUCAUUGGAAGGCCGAUUUGCUAAACUUAGGGUAAAAUAAGGGUGAUGUAGCACAUAAAGAAUAAAAUUUGGUACUAAAAGAAUUUUAGGAUUGAACAAUCUCCUUUUCUUUUUUCUUCCUUUUUUGGCUUGUUUCAGGUAGGUUGAAAUGUUUUUCUGUGGUUGGCCCCCUUUCUUUUAAAAAACGACGCUACGUCACUGUUUGAAUCGGAUCUUCCGGAGGGUGUGACCAGUCGGCAGGGGAUGUUAACUCCUCCAUGGCACCUUUUACCAAAUCUGAUGUUUUGGAGGUCUGUGUUUGCUCUUUUUCUAUUUUGUAUUCUAUUGACUUCUGAUCUUAAAUCCAGUUCGUUAUCUCCAUAUGUUUCAUCUUAAAUAUUAUCAAAGCGCAUCAUUUUCAAAUAAUUGCGUUUUAACAAGGAAAAUCUAGCAUAUAACUGUUACGAAAAUCAGAAUUUACAGUAUUACAAAACAUUUUUGUCCGAUGACUUAUAAAGUUUGGUACACCCUAUAUAGAAAUAUUGAGAGAUACACUGCUUUCUUUGCGUUUCUCAUAGAGUGUUUUCACUAUCAUACGUUUAACAAUCUGAUCUGUGCACAAAGAUGACGCAUAAUAAAUUUUCCGAAUUCAGUGACAAACACAGUUAUCUCAGAUGUAAUUAUAUAAAAUAAGUCUUUGGUAGUUCAUAAGCUUUAUUUGAAGUUUGGUCGCGGUGACAUAUGCCAAUUUGGAAGUGGCUGUCAGGUCAUUUUCCCAACAAUCACCAUAAAUUUGGCGACCCCAAGUGGGAUAAAUAUUAUGCACUUGGUAAAGUUCUCGAGUGGACGACGCCACGCAAUAUGGAUACAAUGGGACAAUUUCCCAUGAAAAAUGUAAUCAAUGUCAAAUGAUUGGGCAAAUAUCCCA